GUGAGCUCUGGCAUAUGCCAGGACAGGGGAUGGACUGAAUGGGACCAGCCACUGCUCCAUGUAAACACCUAACAGUAAAACAAGUGAUUGCAGAGCAGAAGAGCAUCCCACUUCUCCAGCUUUCUGUUUCUGAGAACCUGGCUCUAUUUCAGGAUUCUGUCCUGUAGGCCAAGCACUGCUGCCUCAACAAAGCAAAACAAGAGAAGUACAACUCCUUGGAACCUACUUCAGGUUAGCAUAGAAGAGAGGAGGACAUUCUGGCUGGUUAAAAGAGGACUCCCUGUGUUCCAGCUCAAAGGAAGAAUGCACAGAAACACCGAAGCUCGCUCUGGAAAAUGAGUCGACUCAGCUGCUGAAGUGGAAAUAACACAACACUGUGUUCAUCAGCUGGCAUGGAAGCUAAACGUCAUACUGAGAUAAGGUGACUUCUGUUGCUUCAGCAGCACAGAGACUGAAGAUUAGGCAACGAGCGUGUGAAAAGAGCAGGAAGAGCUAAAGAAGAACUUGAAGGACUGGGAGAUAGAAAAUAAAAUCCCAGCACAAUGUCCCGCUUGAGAAGCGCCAGUCCGGGUAAAGACAGUCAGGUGCCAACCCAGCUAAAGACAAAGUCUUCCCCAUGGUGUUCGCUGCCAGAAUUAUAUGCAUUGGUUGAAAAUUUUAAUAAGGACAGUAAAAAAUCAAGUCUCCUAAAAACUCGUAGCAUUUCACCUACAGAAGGACAGAAACUACUUGCUAAAAGCCUAAGCACCAUGGCGUUCAUCAGCAGAACCGGCCUGAGAAGAGAAGAUCCGCAGCCAGUGUUGCCGUGCAGCGUGGUUAAAAGGGAACUCGAGAAGCCGCCGCCCAUGGCUGUGCGCCUGUACCGCAGCUUGCUAGAGGGCAUGCUCUCCCCAGGGGCAGGGCUCCCCAGGUCCCAGAAGAGACUGAUUGAGGAAGGGAUCUCUCCUCCCGCGCACUCUUUUCCUUACAGCGUUAUCCAGGAAGGCUUGGAAGCUCUGGCACAGAUUACCACUGAGAAGACUCAGAUCCCCCAGGUGUUAGACAGUCCACGCCUACUGAAGCUGUUCUUCGAAGACACAGUUCCCAGAUACUUCUUUGUGGACCCAGAAAAGCAAUUCAUGGAUCUAAGAGACCUGGAAUGGAGAUAUUUUAAGGGGCUUGCAAAGUGGAAGCACAUGACUGUGGUUUCAAUCAUGGAGAUAAAAUACAACAGUGAGAAGAGAUUUGUAGAGAGCUGGAACAUGCCUCGUGCUGUUUCCCCCCCUCUAGUACGUAAGUCUUCGGUCAUUUAUCCUGAGAUUGAAUACCGGAAGGAAGGAACUUGUGAUCUUAAAUGGAAUAUUUAGUUUACUGAAAAUAUCUUGGAUGUGGAUUUUUGCUAUUGAGAGCACCGAAAAAGUGAAGAAGAGGCACCCAAUGUAACAUCUGAACAAUAUUCAGGUAAAGCCACAAAAUAAAAAAGCUGUCAAUAUAGAUUAAAACACUCAGGCUAAUCGGCUAGUAUAACAUUUGGUUUUGACCCAUGUAGCCCAUUUGGGCUGAGGCUGAGGUAGAUGUUGAUCCUAUGAAAAUAAAGGCUGCACAGGGAGAGCUCCCAAGCAAGAAUAGCUCUUUUACUUGGCCUGCACAAGGCCCUAAGAUCCAUCCACAGCAGCCCUCCUCCCUACAAAAAUAUAAGCACAUAAGGAAGCCCAUCACCAUAAAAGCAGCUGAUAAAUUUAGCAGAUGGAAGAAUUGACACCUAUGGAUGUAGAGGUCGGUCCGAGAAUUUUAAUGUUAACUGCUUAAGGCAUUAAGGAAGUAGCAUUCAUGAAGCAAGGACUGAAAGAUGUGAAAAAGGAACAAAUUGAAAAUCUCAGAAGUGAAAAGAAAGGCAUUACAAUAAUAAUAACCCUCAGUAAAGUAUCUGACUAUUAUAAUAGACACAUCUGAAAGGAAGGGACUGAUGAUUUGGAAGAGAGCAAUGAAAAGCUUCCAAAUCAUAGCACAGGAGGCUAUGGUAAUGGAAGAUGCAAUGAGAAGUUCACAUCAAAUGGGAGUUGUACUAGAAAAAGGGACACUAGAAAAGAGGUGCUGUUUAACUGUAUUAAAUCUGAACAUACCUGUUGUAUAUGAAUUAAAGUAAAUGACUAACUCUUUGGAAAUGAAGAAGCAAGACUUGAAUUGAAAAAUCUCACUGAUAAGCAAGAAAUGAAAAAUAAAUCUAUGCCUGGAAACUCUAUGGAAAAACUA